ACAAGUACCACAGAAACCAGUGCAACCACCUCAACAAGUACCACAAAAACCAGUGAAACCACCUCAACAAGUACUACUGAAACCACUGAACCCACUUCAACAAGUAUCACCGAAACCACUGAACCCACCACAACAAGCACCACAAAAUCCAGUGAACCCACUUCAACAAGUACUACAGAAACCAGUGGAAGUACCUCAUCAAGCACCACCAAAACCAGUGAACCCACUUCAACAAGUACCACAGAAACCAGUGCAACCACCUCAACAUCCACCACAGAAACCAGUGAACCCAAUUCAACAAUUACCACAGAAACCAGUGCAACCACCUCAACAAGUACCACAAAAACCAGUGAAACCACCUCAACAAGUACCACUGAAACCACUGAACCCACCUCAACAAGUAUCACCGAAACCACUGAACCCACCUCAACAAGCACCACAAAAACCAAUGAACCCACUUCAACAAGUACCACAGAAACCAGUGGAAGUACCUCAACAAGCACCACCAAAACCAGUGAACUCACUUCAACAGUACCAUGGAAAGCACUGAGCCCACCUCAACAAACACCACAAGAAACACAGAUCCCACUUCAACAAGUACCACAGAAAACGGUGGAAGCACCACAACAAGCACCACCGAAACCAGUGAAACCAUCUCAACAGGUACCACGGAAAGCACUGAGCCCACCUCAACAAACACCACAAGAAACACAGAUCCCACUUCAACAAGUACCACAGAAACCCGUGGAAGCACCACAACAAGCACCACCGAAACCAGUGAAACCAUCUCAACAGGUACCACAGAACCAGUGUACACACCUCAACAAGCACAAAAACCAGUGA